UGUGUGCGUCGUUUAUUAGUCGCUCGAGUGCGUUCGGUCGGAGUAGAUUGCGCGUGGUGUUGCUGCUGCUACAGCUGCUGAUCCAAGGUGUUAACGCGAGUGGCUGACCGCGAACGACCUUCGAGGUCAUCAACGACAAGGCAGAGGGGCUCUGCUUUGCUGAACACACUGAUGAGACGGGUUUUUAGGGCAAAAUAGGGCAAUGAAUGGUAACGUUGCAUUGCCUACACAUAGCUGCAGUUUCGAUAAAGUCUUGUAACAAAGGAAAAACGGCCAUAAAUUGUGUACGCGUGUGUGAGUGUGCUAGUGUAGUGCUGAUAGCCGGAACCGUCCAGCCAACAAGCGUGUCUUGACGAAAGUCAAACAAAGUGCCCUUAAAGGCGUGCAAAAGCCGUGUGAUAAACAUAAUGACCGAUCUCGGUGAAGCAUCGUCUCCGUCGGUUGUGCCGCUGACGGAAGACGAUCCGGAACAGGCGCCACCGAAAGACAAAGGUCUGUGGCGCGAUCUGGUGGCCUACUGGAUAUUGGGACUGUGCAACAACUAUGGCUAUGUGGUCAUGCUGACUGCUGCACACGAUAUUCUCAAGGAACUGGAGGGAGAGGGUGGUGAUCACGCCAAGAGUUCAAUGCUGUACGACUACGGCACAGCUAACACAACGGCCCGGGCCGAUGACGUUACCUACGGCUAUGAGAAACGACCGUGCAACAAGCUCUCGACCGGUGCAAUUCUCCUGGCGGACAUACUGCCGGCACUGGCCGUCAAAUCCAUUGCAUCGUUCCUUCCGCUAGCGAAACACAUUCGAAUUUUCCUGUGUGUCGCGGCAGCCGCCGCUGGCUUUCUACUAACGGCGUUUGCCACCGUCGAAUGGGUGCUGUUCGUUGGCGUUAUAGCAACCUCGUUCUCGUCCGGGCUCGGUGAAGCCACGUUCCUAGCGUACGCGACGUAUUUCAACAAGAACGUUAUUUCCACCUGGUCAUCUGGGACGGGUGGUGCCGGUAUUGCCGGUUCACUUUCAUACACCGGGCUGACGGGGCUCGGUCUAACACCGAAGACUACCAUACUGAUUAUGCUCGUCGUACCUGGACUGGAAGCGGCCGCAUUUUGGUUGCUGUUGCGUCACAAGGAUACGAACAAACCGGCCGUGCUGGAGGAUGCGAAGGAAAAGCCGGAAGAGAUAGACUACAACACACUGCCGGAGGAUGAGAGGCCGCUAGAGAACUGGAACCAACGGAUUCGUUACAUUCCUUCGCUGUUUAUCUACAUGAUUCCUUUGAUAUUGGUGUACCUGCUGGAGUAUUAUAUUAACCAAGGGCUGUUUGAGCUAGUCUACUUCCCCGGCAUCUGGCUGUCACAGUCGGAACAGUAUCGUUGGUAUCAGGUGAUCUAUCAGAUCGGUGUGUUUAUAUCACGCUCAUCGGUCAACCUGAUCCAAUUCCGGCACGUGUGGAUAAUGGCUGUGUUCCAGUUCCUGAACGUGGUGUACUUCACCUUCGAGGCGGUAUACUACUUCACACCCUCGAUCUGGAUCAUCUUCGUGCUUAUACUGUGGGAAGGUUUAUUGGGUGGUGGUGGCUACGUCAACACAUUCUAUCGCAUCCAAACGGAUGUACCGGCGGCAAGGCGCGAAUACGCCAUGAUGGUUACGUCCAUCUCGGAUUCGGUCGGUAUUGCCCUGGCCGGUGUUGCUGCCAUACCGUCGCACAAUGCGAUCUGUGAUCUGCCGGUGCCUGAUCGGUUGCUCUAGGGAAUCAACCAACCAACUAGGACGUAUUAUCGUUUGUUCUUCAGAGGGAAUCAGGGAUUUUGUUAUAAGCCCCAAAAAAAAGUCCAAUAAAACAAUUGUGUAGUGUUUUACACAAUUAUCUCGUUA